AUGGCGGGCGGUUACCAGCUGUGGGCGCCCCGCUCGCCCCUGGACGAAGCGCUGCUCUGGCUGCGGGGCGCGCCGCCUCCCGCUCUCCAUGCCGCCACCGUUUCGGCGCAUCCCUUCCGCGGGGGCUGCCUGCCGCCAGUGGCGGCGGGCGGGUUGCGGGGCCGCGGGGCGGCGCUGCGGCGGCCGCAGGCCGUGAGGCUGCGGGGCCUCGACGCCGUCUUCGGGCGGCCGGUGACGGCGCAGCCGCCGCGCUGGAGCGGCUCGCUGCGGGUGUCAGAGCGCUCGGCCUUCUGCCGGGUAGUGACCCCGCGGCAGCCGGGGCCCGGCGGGCUGCGGGAGGCCGAGGCCCGGCUGGCCGCUGCCAUGUGCCGCAGGAUGCUGCGUGCCAUCCUGCUGCUGUACACCGCCUACAAGAUGUGUGCCUUCGCCCUGCAGCACUCACGAUGAGAGCCCUUGGCACGCUUGGCAUCCUCCAGGGGGUAACCCGCAUCUGGCUUGGCUGGACGCUUUGGGGUGCUGGCUGCCUUGGAACCGUGCUGAAGCCUCACUGCACAAAGCACACUAUGAAACCUGACCUGGUGCAGCCAGUGCCUCGCUUGUG